AUGGUUGGAGAGGAGCUACUCGAUGAAGACCAGAAGAGCCAAAAUCCAGCCGAUCACGCUUGGUCGAAGAACGUGCCUGCCGUUUAUAAAAUGUUGAAAUGGUUCAAUGUGGAGACGGCCCACCAAAUUCACGUUGAUAAGGCAGACGAUGACUUUUAUUACACUGGACCGUUGCGGAUUUUCAACGAGGAGGAUUUUGAGUGCCUUCGUGAUGCAGACGCUGUCGUUCAGCUCAUGUGGGAUGAUCAUCGCACUGUUGAGGAAGUUGUAUCUCAGAUGCAGCUGACUACAUUUGAUGAUUAA